CGCCUCUGUGUGCAUCUCUCUUUCUCUCUCCCCCCCCCUCUCUCUCCUUCCUCCAUUCUCCAUCACUCCAUUCAGCAGAGUGCAGGACAGGUUGGGAUGCUGAAACGACAGCGGAGGAGGGAAUGGACGAUGGGUGACACCUGAGCACUAUCAAACGACACGAUGAAUCCGGCCACAGGGGGCGCCGGAGAGUGCCCGCGGCAGACAGACAAUAGUAGCAUGAAGCAGCAGCAGCAGAGAGCAUCCUCCCCGGCCAGAGGCAAAGACGUUACACCCAAAACGCCCUCCAAAGGCAAAGCCGUCUCAUCGAAGCCCGGCGGCAGAAACAGCCGCAGCAGCUCUCCGGCCAACACCGGCAAAGACAAGCAGUCCGGCAAAAGCUCUGCGUCUGAAAGUCCCACUCUGAGAAGAGCAGAAAAGGCCAAGAAGAUCGAGGAGCGCACCAGCUCCGCUGAAGACUCGGGCGGCACCGACGACUCCCCGUUAAAGGGCGACACUAACCGCGUAGUGUCCGAUCAGCCGAGCUCUUCCAAGUCCUCACAGGGUAAAGGUAAGAGUCAGAGAGCAGAGGGGGCGGUAGGCGGCAGCAAGCAGGCAGCUAAGCACCCUGUAGGAUGUGGACCUGGCUUCUGGAGGGAGGGAUGCCUGCAGACUGAGUUGAUCCAGUUUCACAUGAACAAGAGCUUGAAGAAAGAAGGAGGAGCGCAGACCAAGACGGCAAACUCUCCACCCAAGGAGACGAUGGAGCUGUCGCCUGAGGCGGCGGACAGGCCUCCUCAGGCAGUGUCUGAGAUGGACGAAGAAUUACAGGCCGAAAUUGAGAGGCUGAACGACGAAAACGAUGACCUAAAGCAUGAAAUUGAGGAGAUGCGGGCAGAGAUGGAUGAGAUGAGAGACACUUUCUACGAGGAGGAUGCCUGCCAGCUGCAGGACCUGCGCCGUGAGCUGGAGAGAGCCAACAAGAACUGCAGGAUCCUCCAGUAUCGCCUGCGAAAGGCAGAGCGGAAGCGUCUACGAUACGCCGAAACAGGCGAGAUUGAUGGAGAGUUGCUACGGAGUCUGGAGCAAGAUUUAAAGGUGGCAAAGGAUGUAUCUGUGAGAUUGCAUAACGAGCUGGAAAAUGUGGAGGAGAAAAGGACAAAAACAGAGGAUGAGAAUGAAAGACUGAGACAGCAGCUGAUUGAGGUGGAGGUGACGAAGCAGGCUUUACAGAACGAGCUGGAGAGGGCUAAAGAGGCAUCUCUGAAACGAAGGGGAGGCAAAGAUGCGCAGAAAUCAGAAAAGAAAACUCCACAGACUCCAACAGAGGAGGAAAAUGAAGAUCUGAAAUGCCAGUUGGCUCUUAUUAAAGAAGAAGCUGUACUGAUGAGGAAGAAGAUGGCUAAGAUAGACAAAGAGAAGGACCGGCUGGAACAGGAGCUCCAGAAGUAUCGCUCUUUCUAUGGCGACGUGGACAGCCCUCUCCCUAAGGGCGAGGCCGGGGGACCCCCUACCACACGUGAGUCUGAGCUGAAGCUGCGUCUGCGGCUGGUGGAGGAAGAGGCCAACAUCCUCGGCCGGAAGAUUGUGGAGCUGGAGGUGGAGAACCGAGGGCUGAAGGCAGAGCUGGACGACCUGCGUGGGGAGGAGCUGGCGGGGGGCGCGUCGGACCCUGUGUCACGGGAACAGGGCGAGGCACUGUCAGAGCUGCGGCAGCAGCUGCAGCUGGUGGAGGACGAGGCAGAGCUGCUGCGCCGCAACCUGGCAGACAUGGAGGAGCAGAAUAAGCGGGUGACAGGUGAGCUGAACAAGCUUAAGUACAAGGCUGGAUCACAUGAGGGUCCCCGUCACAGUGGAGGGGCAGCGGCGGACGCGGCCAAGGCCGAAGCCCUGCAGGAGGAGCUGAAGGCUGCCAGACUGCAGAUCAACGAGCUGAGUGGGAAAGUGAUGCAGCUGCAGUAUGAGAACCGCGUACUGCUUUCAAACAUGCAGCGCUAUGACCUGGCAUCACACCUGGGCAUCCGGCCCAGCCCUCGUCCCAGCCCUCGAGACAGUGAUGCAGAGAGUGAUGGUGGCCGCAGGGAGAGUGAUGACGACUCCGCACGCCUCCCACCUCACCGCAAGCGAGAAGGCCCAAUCGGCGGGGAGAGCGACUCGGAAGAAGUCCGCAACAUCCGAUGCCUCACACCCACUCGCUCCCUGUACUCCCCUGACAGCCGUUUUUUAUCUCGAAGCCUCAAGGACCGGCAGCAGAUGAUUGAUAUUCGCAUGGAGGCAGAGCGUUUAAGCAGGACCAUCGACAGACUGAUUGCUGAUACCAGCACCAUCAUUGCUGAAGCGCGGGUGUAUGUGACGAAUGGCGAGCUGUUUGGCCGGAUGGACGAGGAUGACGAAGGCAGCCGGAUACGUGAGCAUGAGCUUCUCUACCGUAUUAAUGCCCAGAUGAAAGCUUUCAGGAAAGAGCUUCAGAGCUUUAUCGACCGCUUGGAUGUUCCUAAACCAGAAGAUCGGGAAAGUGAAGAGCCUCUCUCUGUUAUACAAGGUACAGGAGGCUUUUCAUCAGUUUACGCAUGGACUACAGUUACUCAACCAAACACAUGCUUUCAACCAACAGUGAUGUCUACAAAUCAUCUUUACAAAAGCCUGUCAGGGAGCGCUGCUCCUCUGUCCACUCGCCGUCCGCUCUCAGCUCCUCUGGCUCUACAGAGCACCUCUCACACUGCUCCGAGCAGCAGUGCGAGGCUCUGGUGCCGCGGUGAGAGGAGUGUGGAGGAGAAAGCCUGGCUGCGAGGAGCGGCGGGCUGCGGUGACAUGGCCGGGGCAGAGAAACGGACUCGGGCUCCAGCAGCAGCAGCUCACGGUCCUGAUGAAGGACUGCAGCCGAGCACCAUGUGGGGCGCGUUCGGGAACGGCUCGCUGGGAGGAGGAGGAGGAGCGGGUUAUGUGAGCAAAGCGCAGGGCUGGGAGUUUGUGCCCUGCUCUAGGCCGGAGAGAGAAGGGGGCAGGAGACGGAGCCGCAGCCCAAGACCCGCUCCCGCGUCCGGAGCUCACUUCUUCGAGCCUUCACCCGGACCUGCGGCCAGCCCCGAAGGGCAGAGCCCGUGGCGCGAGCUGCAGAGCCAGCACGCGCGUCUGAAGAAGAAGCUCGAGGAGAUGAAGAGGCGCUACGGCCAGGAGAGGGACGAGUGGGCAAGGGAGAAGGAGGGUCUUUUAAGAGAAGUGGCUGAUAUACAAGGUGGAGAGAACCGAAGGAUACUGUUGGACCUGAAGACGGUUUUGGAAGAGGUGCAGCUGGAGGUGAAAAGGGAAGAAGGCAGACGGAGCGAGCUGCAGCUGCAGUACACGAAGGACCGCUGCGCCUGGGAGCUGGAGAGAGCAGACCUGAAAUGCAGGAUCGCGCAGUUGGAGGCCAAAGGACAUAGUACAGUGGUGGGAACGGUGAAGAAUUCCGAGACUGGAGACACGCUGAGGAGGGAGCGUGAGGAGCAGAAGAGGCUGCUGGCAGACACCCAUACUGCAGCAAUGGACCUGCGCUGCCGCCUGGAGCAUAGUGAGAGGAGCUGGAUGAGGGAGAAAUCCGAGCUGCUGGAACGAUUUGACUUGGAGAGGAAGGAGUGGGAGAGCCAGCUCAGGGACAUGCAAUGCAAAAUUGAGGAGCUGUAUAGUGAAGUGAAGGCCCAUCGGGAGAGAGGUGCUGUUGGACCAAAUGCUGACGUACAAAGGCGUGCUAUAAGGCUCAGUACACGUUCCCCCAGCACUGUGUCUAGUUCUCUAACUGACCCCUCAGAGGCCCAUGGCAGCAGCUACUCUGAGCCUCUCACCCAGCACAGCCAUAGCAGCACUGACUCCAGUCAUAACUGCAGUGAACCCAGUGACCAGCGCUGCAGUAUUCAGACUGAACCAUCAAAGCAGCGCAGUUCUGGGAAGUAUGAGCACGGGGAGCUCGGGGCCAUUAAUACUGCAGAGCUGGAGGACAUUCUGCAUGGGUGUCUCAGUAAAGGACUUGGGAAUGAGCCUAUGUCUAUAGGACAAGAGGAUCUCGUCAGCCCCUUCAGAAGGUUUCAGAGCAUGGACAUCAGCUGUGCAAGUGAUAAAAAAAAGAACACAAUGGCCCUCAAUGCUGCUCUUAAAGAAAUAGCAAGGGUAAGUGAGGAACUGUGCAGCUACCAGGAUCAGAUCAGAAAGAGGUCUGAUGUCAAGAGAAGCCGCACUGAGUCAGUGUUCUUUCCAGAAGAGAUUGGGGUGGCAGAGAAGGAUGAAUUGGAAACGGGAACCGCAGAUUUCAGCUUGAAUGAGUGGUGCAAAGCCCUUGACAACCCAAAAUGGAUCAACUGGGAGGACAUCAAAAAGGAAUCCAGCAGGACUGAGAGUGACACUAAGCUGCCUAUGAAGAGAAGACAAGCACCUCCCAUCCCUGUCCGGAGCACAUCUUGGUACCUGAACAGUCCCCCUGCCAAAGAAAUAGAGCCCAGUGCCCCAGAACCACUCAUAGACAGAAGGUGUCAAAGCCCUUGCAUUCACAGAAAGUGCAACAGCCCCUCCAUAGUCCGUAAAUUUGAGGCAAUGCUGCAAGAGAACGAGGGAAAGAUUCUGACAGACUCUGGGAUCGUGUCCUGCUCAGUGCCUCUUGAUUCCAAGUGCAAUAUCAGCUGCUGCCAGAGCCGAUGGUCCUGUGAUGGAAGCAGGUUUGGCAGCAGCAAGUCAUCCACAUAUGUGCCUGUCCAAAAAUGCCUCUCAGAUGUUAACAUAGCGGCUGCAGGGGCUGAGUGCGGUCAAAACCAAACGGAUGCAGAGAAUAAACAAAACCUAAGGGGAGAGCAUCAUCUCACAGACUCCUCACACAAGGGCACGGCUACAGACUCUGCGCAGACUCUGGACAUAACCAUGCCUUGCAUCAAUACCAAAGUGUCUCGAAGAAAUGAGACAUUAGAACGGAAAACGGCUGAAUUCAACCGUAUGCUCUUCCAGGCAGGCAUGGGUUUUCAGUACAAUGAGGACAGUCUUGGCUCCACAGAUGUGCACUGUACAUUUGGCAGUACUACUGCCGUUCCAUCUUCCUAUAUUGAGGACAAUCCAACUGAUGUGCAAUCUGAUCUUGUGGUACAGCAUCCAAAGGGCAAAUGUGGAGAGACUGCUCCUCAGACAUCACCACAGUUAAAGCACCAAACUAGAGACUCUAUUUCUGACCUUCCACCUCAGCAGCAGGAUGUUAAACUGAAGAAAGUAACUUCAGACCUAUCAGAGCAUCCAGUAGUGAAGCAUGAGGACUUUGUACGCCUGCCAGCGCACACAGAAGACAAGGAACUGAAGGCUUUGCGCCUGCAGAACAGGACAUCCACCACUCAGUGUGAUCCAGGUCUGAGAAUCAGUCAAACUGAUUUAGAUGCAAGUCCAUCACAGCUGAAACAUCAGACAGAUAAGCCGAGUAAAGGAAAGUCUGUUGGUUCAGAUCCCCAUCCUGCUGAAACAAAGUCUAAACAGCCUGAACGUCCAAAGCAGGACAUGUCCACCAGGUCAAGAGUUUUAGAUGAAAAUCCUUGGAAACCUAUGACUCUGGCUGCUUACCCUCGACCAGUAGAGUCCCGCUCCAAUUAUGGAGCAGUGGAGAGAAUUUUGAAGAGUUAUGAAAAUAUGGGAAGAUCCCAACAAGACACAUACUUACAGUCCAGUCCAGGGAAGGAGGAGGACCUCAUAGAGCUGUUGGAUAUGCUGGAAAUACAGCAUCAGUCUAGAUCCAGUCAAAGACUUGCACAUACACCUCACCACCAGGCUGUAACCCACAAAGAGGCACAUGUAACAGUGAAGCAAAGCAAAGAGUCCACAGUAAGUGCCAAGAAGAGCUUCUCGCGGCCAGCUUGUCCUGCAAAAAGACGUCCGCCCUCGCGCUGGGCUAACCGCUCUUCCUCCACCUCAUCUACAUCCUCUCCCUCACCCUCACCAACAGCACAACCCACAAUCGCCACCCCACGGCAAACAUUCACCUACUCCUCCUUUCAUACAGAGACAGUCAUCAUGUGAGAACGAGUGAGAAAAUAUGAUUCAUUUGUGUGGCACACGGGCUAACUGACAACAGUGCUUUCCAAGCUAAAUGUUGCCUCAUCUCUUCCUGAUUACCUUUGUACAUACCAACAAUGACUGUUAAUCUAACUCAGUUUGUUAAGUUGCAAUGUGGCAUACUGUUUUGUUUAAAUCACAAGUUUUCUGUAAUCAUCUUAUCAAGCAUAUCUGUGUAUAUUUCCUCCUUGAAUCAUGAAAUGCAGGAGCCGUUUUUCAUGAUUCAUGCCAAAGGCUGUGUUCACAAAUCUAUGAUCAGAUUUGUGUUCUUUGUACCUGAAAACUGCCGUGUUACUUCUCCUCAUGCUUUUUAGAUGUUUCCUAUAUGUGAGGCCAAGUUUUUUUUUUCAAACCUUACCCAAAUGCUGUAGUGCUGACAAUUUCACUGAAAUCAUUUGUUAUACUUUUCCUGACUCUUAUUUAAGAAAAUAGUUGACUUGUAUUAAUAAGACAAGCAUUUCAAACUCCCUCUAACUGGUUGUACUGAGGUGAGACAUAUCAUUGAAGAAAAGCCUUUACAACCGCUAUUUCCUAGUAAUAAUAUCUCAAAUGCAAUGGCUCUUUUAUCAGGUCGACACAAAUAAAAUGAGUACAACACCCCA